AUGGUGCUUACAGCAAUGCCCGUUACGCCAACAACAACAAUGACCAAUACAUCGAUGGUCUUUACUUCAACCCAUCUGGCUACAACAGCGGUUACAACAACUACAACAACAACUACGGAUCCAACUACGCUAACUCUGCACCAUACGGCAGCAGCUACUCCUCAAGGUCAUACGGCAGUAGGUACGGCUCCGGAAGAGGAUCAUCUUACGGCAGAAAUAACGCUUACCAGGCUAACAACAACUACAACAACAACAACAACAACAACAACUACAAAUCUGGUAAGUGUUGACCGUGUGCGAUUAUCUACCUAUUAAUACUUAACAGAACUGUUAAAACUAUUUAAUAUUGCAGAUUAUCUGUUUAAAGAGAAACAAAAAGGAAUGUUACUUUAGUGUUCCGUGCUACCGAAAGUUGAUCUUCAAACAUGCUUAAGUUAUUGCCAACACGUUUAUAAAAUAAAUAGAUAGCCCGCCGAACAUUGGCGACAGCAACGUGAACUUCCCCCCCCCCCCCCCCUAUACGUUAUUUGACACAAACUGAUUUUAAGUAACGCAAUUUGUAAUGAUUACGUCUAAGAAUUUUAUUUUGCACGCCCAAGGGACACAGUUUUACAACCAUACAUACUUACAUAGCUAGAGUAUUAUUACUUGUGAUAUUUACCUGAUAUUUAUAAAAUUAAAUAAGUGAAAGAUUGCUUCUUGGUGCUUAAGUAUCAUGGUGUUUAUAUGUCAUAGUGCUUAUAUAUCAGGUUGCUUAAAAGCUAUGGUGUUUAUACAUCAUGGUUAUGCUUUGGUUCAAGAAACUAAAUAAAUCCAUGUUAAGCAUUUUAUAAUAAAUAUAAUUUAUUUAUAUGAAACCAUUAUUUUUUAAAAAUUAUUUACGUUUUUUAGCUUCAUGCGUAAUUCUGCUUUUUAUUUAACACAUGAUUAAUGACAAAAUAUUAGUAUUAAGUUGAAUACUUAUUAUGUUUUGUGAUGAUCCUGCAUUUAAAUUACGAUUAAUCAGUUUAACACCUUUAUUUAUUUCAGGAUCCUAUUAAAUACAAAAAUUUCCAGAGACCUAAGAGCAAUACAACAUUCCCGUUGUACAUUCCGAGGUUCUCCA